UAUGGAUCCACAAAUCUCAAAGCUUCAAUUCAAAUUUUCAGCAUCUUUCAACGGUUACAUUUCUCAUUCAUCUCUCUCUCCUCUCUCUUCUACUUCCAGCGGUCCAAACCCUGAAAAUUUAUGUGAGUAAUGAAGCAUCUUAGGCCACCAAGAAACCCCAUCUUGCGCGAUAACUAUCAAGGCAGCAUGGAUAAUCCUUCGCCUUCUCCGAAUCCUUCUUCUGUAAAGCACAGAAACGCAUCUCGCAAGCAAAAAUACACCAAAGAAAACCAGCCCCCAUCAGAUCUGACCCCAAUGAUGCCGGAAUCUUCACUUGCUGGAAAGCCCUCUCCCAAGACCAAGAGCUUACUUCCUCCAAGGCCUCCCUCUUCAAACCCUCUAAAGCGGAAACACAGCGGGGAAGUUAUUUACGAUAAUGGACUACCCAGUUCUGAUUCUGGCGUCAAGGUUAUUGUAAGAGUGAGACCACCAACAAAGGAUGAACAAGAAGGAGAGAUGAUAGUCCAGAAAUUAUCUAACGAUACUUUGUCAAUUCAAGGGCAGACAUUUACAUUUGAUUCCAUUGCAGACUCUGAUGCAACUCAGAAUGAUAUAUUUCAGCUUGUUGGAUCUCCACUUGUUGAGAAUUGUUUGGCUGGGUUCAACAGUUCUGUAUUUGCAUAUGGACAGACUGGAAGUGGAAAAACUUUUACAGUUUGGGGUCCUGCGAAUGCAUUGUUUGAAGAAAAUCUUUCAAGUGAUCAACAAGGUUUAACACCCAGAGUUUUUGAACGCCUCUUUGCUCGUAUAAAUGAGGAGGAAAUUAAACACACAGAAAAGCAACUAACAUAUCAAUGUCGCUGUUCUUUUCUCGAGAUUUACAACGAGCAAAUCACUGAUUUGUUGGAUCCAAGCCAAGGAAAUCUCCAGAUAAGAGAAGAUGUUAGUUCUGGUGUCUAUGUUGAGAACUUGACAGAGGAGCCUGCAUCCUCAAUGAAGGAUAUGAAGAAGCUUUUGAUGAAGGGAUUAUCAAAUAGAAGAAUUGGUUCAACCAGCAUAAAUGCAGAGAGUUCUCGAUCUCACAGUGUUUUUACUUGUGUUCUAGAGUCUCGGUAUAAGAAUCCAGGAGAUGGUUUAAGCUGUUUCAAAACAAGCAGAAUAAAUCUUGUAGAUCUUGCUGGAUCAGAAAGGCAGAAGCUCACAGGAGCAGCUGGAGAACGCCUAAAGGAGGCAGGGAAUAUUAAUAAGUCACUUUCACAGCUUGGGAACUUGAUUAACAUUUUGGCAGAGAUUUCCCAGACAGGAAAGCCUAGGCAUAUUCCCUACAGAGACUCGAGGUUGACCUUUUUACUACAAGAGUCUCUUGGAGGAAAUGCCAAACUAGCAAUGAUUUGUGCUAUUUCACCUGCUCAAAGCUGCAAAAAUGAGACAUGGAGCACAGUAAGAUUUGCACAAAGAGCAAAGGCCAUUAAGAAUAAAGCAGUCGUCAAUGAAGUGAUGCAAGAUGAUGUUAAUACCUUGAGAGAAGUUAUAAAGCAACUAAGGGAUGAACUAGUUCGCUUGAAGGAAAAUGUCAAUCAACCCAAAUCCAAUUCGAGUUACUCAACAGGCUGGAAUGCUCGAAGAAGCUUAACCCUCCUAAAAUAUAGUCUUAGCCGUCCAAUGACAUUGCCUCAAACAGACGAUGACAGUGAUGAAGAAAUGGAAAUUGUGGAAGAAGAGGACCAAUCAGGAGCUAUUAAUGAUCAGGAAGAUUGUGAUGAAGGGAUGUCGGAGCCUAUACUUGGUACACCUGAAGCUACACACAUUAAGAAGCAGGGCUCUCUGGACAUGGAUGAUGUCCCUAUGGAAGAGAGUACACCUGAAAAUAUUUUUGAUCACACAAAGGUUUUAUAUUCCUCUUUAACUAAUGAAAGUGAGAAUAAUAAUAAUAUUCUGGAUGGAUCAAUGCAAAAUGUGUUUGAUGAUCAAGAACAACUGAUCACAACAGCUCCUCCUUCUGCAUAUAAUCCCCCUGAGGAUAAAUCUAACACUUCAACAACGGCUCCAAGACUGAGCAGCUUAAUUCCUUUUGAUAUUACCUCUGAGCUCAAAUCACCCACACCAAGUGUUUCACCAAGAGUGACAGAUAGUUCCAGAAAAAGUCUUAGAACUUCAUCCAUGAUUAGUGCUUCUCAGAAGGAUUCCAAGGUUGUCUCUAUUUUGGGACCAAAAGAAACAAGCACUGCCUCCAUAUCUACCCAGACAAGGAAUAGUACUCUACGGACUGAAUGGUUAACUUCCAGUAUCCAACGUGGUCUUGAAGUCAUUGGGGGUCCUAGCCAAAGUCCUAGGAUAUCAUCAAUUGGAUAUACGCACAAACCUAUUGACAUUGGCACUCAAACUAUUCCUCAAGAUUAUGCAUCUGAGGAGGAGUACCCACAUAUGUUCCUUUGUGGUAAAUGUAAGACGGAAAUUCCUCUAUCAGAACCUCAAGAUCUCAACGGUACUUCAAAUAUGCAGAUAGUACCUGUUGAAGCUCCACAUUCAGUUGGAGAAUCAAUGCAGCAACUACCAAGAGCAGUUGAAAAGGUUUUGGCAGGUUCUAUCAGACGGGAAAUGGCAUUGGAACAAUUCUGUGCAAAGCAAACUCAAGAAAUCAUACAUUUAAACAGAUUGCUCCAGCAAUACAAGCACGAGAGAGAAUGUAAUGCAGUUAUUGGACAGACACGUGAAGAUAAAAUUGUUCGCCUCGAGAGACUGAUGGAUGGCAUCUUAACUGCAGAGGAAUUUAAGAAUGAAGAACUUGUUUCUCUUGCUAACGAGCACAAGCUUCUGAAGGAAAAAUAUAACAAUCAUCCCGAAAUUCUGAGGACAAAGCUUGAAUUAAGAAGAGUUCAGGAGGAAAUGGAACAAUAUAAGAACUUCUUUGAGUUGGGAGAGAAGGAUGUACUGCUGGAAGAGAUCCAAUAUCUAAGGAGCCAACUCCAGGUUUAUAUAGACUCUUCUUCUUCAUCUGCAACACAGAAACGAAGACCUUUCUUGCAGUUAACAUAUUCAUGCGAUCCUCGUAUGGCUACACAACUGUACAAAGUUCCGGAAUCAGUUGAGGAGGAGAGUGCCACACAGAAACUUGAAGCAGAAAGGCUACAUUGGAGAGAAACAGAGAGCAAAUGGAUUUCUCUUUCUGAAGAAUUGAAAACUGAACUAGAUGCUAGCCGGUCUCUAGCUGACAAAUGGAAAUAUGAACUGGAUUUGGAGAAAAGAUGUACUGAAGAACUGAAGGAGGCAAUGCAACUGGCCAUGGAUGGCCAUGCGCGUAUGCUCGAACAGUAUGCUGAACUGGAGGAGAAACAUAUUCAGAUGCUUGUGAGACACAGAAGAGUUCAAGAUGGAAUAGAGGAAGUGAAGAAGAAGGCCGCAUCAGCAGCCAAAGUAAGGGGUGGUGAGUCUAAGUUUAUACACGCUCUUGCUGCUGAAAUAUCGGUUUUGAAAGUUGAACGGGAAAGGGAAAGGCGACAUCUUAAGGAUGAGAAUAAAGGGCUGCAUGCCCAACUGAGGGAUACAGCCGAGGCUGUACAGGCUGCUGGUGAACUACUUGUGCGACUCAAAGAAGCAGAGGAGGAAGUAACUGCUGCCAAGAGAGGGGCUUGGGAGAUUGAGCAAGAAAAAGAAAAGGCAUACAAGCAGAUUAACAAAAUGAAGAAGAAUCAUGAGAAGGAGAUAAGUUCACUGAAACGGUUACUUGAAGAAUACCGGUUAGCAAAAAAAGAAGAAACGAAACCAGUUGAUUUUAACGAACCAGAAGUGAAACAACACGAUGUUGCAGGGGAGACUGCUACUACUUCUACUAAUAGUCUUGCCAGAGUGAAGGAUAAUGAUGAUGAUGAUGAAAGAUGGAAAGAGGAGUUUGAUACUACGUUUUACAAUGGUGAUGGAGAAGGGGAAAUAUCGAAUCUUACAGAACCUUCAUGGUUUUCGGGUUACGAUAGAUGUAACAUAUAAGUAGAAUCAUCUCAUUUUGUAUAUGUAUGUAUUGUGUUGGUAAGAUAUAUCUCUGUAUUGAUAUGAUGAUCCUCUCCUGUCCUCUUUUAGUAUUCUUUUCGCUAUUGCAAUUGUAUUGACUCUAUCCAUCCGCAGUCCUCACAUUAACUUGAAAUGGAAAUGUGCAAUUUCCUAUUGCAAUA